AUGCUCUGCCGCAUGUGCAACAAAUUUGGAGACCAUGCCCGAAAGGAGCACGAAGGCCAUACGCUAAUGUCGACUGUGGAGGCCUUCCAGCAGGCCAUGCAGGCAAGCACGGAAUCUGACGCUGACCAGAGCAAACACAACCUAAUCUUGCAAGAGGCAAUGCAAGAGAGACAUUUCCAGCUUAUGGAGGUGCAUGCGAACUUUGAGGAGACACAAGGCCAAAUGGACGUAGUGCUUAGAGGCGCGUUAGACCAACUCGAGAGAGCACAGUCUCGCAAGCUGGAGUUCCUGCAGUCAAUGAAGCGACAGGUCACCACCCAGCUGCUCUUUAUCCAGUGGUUGGACAACUUCCAAGCCCACGCUCGAAUGGCCUUGCCUCCUGCAGACUUUGUGGUGGCCACGAAGAGGCACGAAGGUUUGCUGGCUGCUUUGUUUGGCUCUGAGGGCAGCCAGUUCAAGGGCACGGAUCUGGGGAUUGGCCCGGUCCCGCUGUGGGUGGAUGAGGAGCUUCUGCUUGAAGGAGCUGUAUCAGUUCAACUGACGUCGCUUCCGCCUCCGAUAGCUGAGCCUGGGCCAAUGCCUCCCAGCACAGCAGUUCCUGCGCUUGAAGAGGUGCCGCCACUACACCUUGCAAUGGGUCAAGCCGGCAGGAGUAUAGAUGGUGCGUCUGCCCUGGAGGAGCUUGGCACCUCGUACCUGGAGGCAACUCCUAGGCGUCGCUCCUUGGGGCAACCGCCCGCAGGCAUUGGAGGAAUAAGCGACACUCUUUACGUCAAAGCAUCUGAUUCAGGUCUUGCCAUCAGCGAUGUCGACAAGGCAACCGAACAGCAGAGACAACUUGAAGGAGGAGUUGGAGGAGUUGGAGGAGUUCUUGAUGCAUCGGCGGUGACUGCUGUCGAUCAAGUCCCAGGUGGCCAGAGCCGUGUAGAAUUCGACGGUUACAUCUCGCAGGCUUUUGCGUACCUGGAGGAAGCACAGAAAAACUCAAGAGCAGGGCUGCCAGCUGUUGCAGUGGCUGUACCGCCGCGUGUUCCAAGCUUGCAGCUUGCGACUGAGGUUCUUGUACAACUGCGCCAAAGUGCCGAAGCAUGUGGGGGCCCUGCCAAGCCAUGGGGAGUCCUACUUGCACUCCUGAGUUCAUGCCCAGGCGGUGAGCGGCAAGAGCUGCUGCUGCGUGCACUCCGAGUGGCAGCACCGAUUGGUGACACCGCUGGGCAGCUGGCCAGGGCCGUUGUGGAAGAUGAUGUACAGCGAACUCAAGUUCCGUCCCUCCUAGUGUCUGCAAACGGCCUCCAUACUGCUUUGGUGCAGGCGCUCAUGCGGCUGAGCGGGAGUUCUUUCAUGGAGAAGGAGACGUCCAUGCUGGUCAAGGCUUUCGCCCUGCACUGGAGACGCAAGUGCGGACCGGUUAAGCUUGCGUGGAGCCAGAAAAUUAGCGAAUGA